AUGAGUGGACUAAGAGAUCUUGCCAAAGGCGGUUGGCACCCGAAAGGCAAAGGAGGAGGAAAAGAAUCAUGGAAGGGAGAUUUCAAAGGCGUGAGCACUGUGGCUGGCUGGAUGGGAAAAGGAAAGAACGCAGGCGAAGAUCCUCAUGAGCAUCAGUCCGCACCGUUGUCCACCCUACGAGACCCUGCGUCUUUUGGUCCUCCCCCGAAGCGCGUCGAUCAGGCAGGCAGUACAAGUAGAACACUCUCUGGAGGCUCGUCGAGCGGUGCUCUGGGGGAGGCAACGCAAGAUGGAGGAUCCGCAAGACAACGGUUGCAGGCCAGACGAAAGGCUGACGCAAGGGCGCAAGAGGAAGCAAACAGGUCACCCCCGGGCCCUUACAGAGUCGAUACCACGGGUUUACAGACCGAACACUUACCAAAACCGCCCGUCUUCCGUCCAGGACAAGCAACACCAUCUCCACCCCCAGCUAAUGGUGGUCCUAAGCCCAGACUGCCGCCGCGGUUACCUCCACGCCAGAACUCCCAUUCCGAUGCCUAUGCAGCACCCCCUCCGCCUGCGUACAGUGAAGUCCCAGGUGUAGAUACCACCAAUACACAGCCGGAACCUCUGCUCAAUCAGACCGCUAUCAACCGGCUAGGGGCGGCUGGCAUUGCCGUUCCGGGCUUGAAUAUUGGCGGCCGUGUCAACUCACCACCUGUACCCCCUCGUCAGACCCCUCCGGCCCCUGUAUCUCCUGCUGAGACCGGGGAUUCGCAACUGAGUGAACUCCAAUCCAGAUUUGCCAAUCUAUCCGCAUCCCGUAACGUGGCUGGGACUGGAAAUAGGGUCACCCAACAAUACGGCAUUGAAGAAGCAGCUCAGCCAGCAACCACGCCUCCUGUCACAUCCCCAACUCAGGGUAAACGACCUCCUCCACCACCACCGAAGAAGAAAGAGUUAUCUUCAAACCCUCGAGGACAGCCACCACCAGUACCACUUGGUAGCAAGCCUAGAUUCUAG